AUGGAUCCGGCCAAGCCAACCGAGUUGCCCGAACGGCCCAAGGAGGUCGAGGAGCCCAAGGAGCCCAAGGGACCCUCCAAGAGAGAACUGAAGAAGCUGGAGAAGAAGCAGAAGAAAGAAAACGCGCCCAAGCCACCCAAGACCGACUCCAAACCCAAGGAGCCCAAGCCCGCCAAGGAGCCCGCCGCACCGCGAGACCCGGAUGCCAUAUUCAAGGUCGGGUUCUUGUCGGACGUGUACCAGGAGAGGCCCCUGUCAGAGAAAAUCCCCAAGAUCCGCACGCGGUUCCCGCCCGAACCCAACGGGUUCCUUCACAUCGGUCACAGCAAGGCGAUUGCAGUCAACUUUGGUUUUGCGAGACACCACGGUGGCGAGUGCAUUCUGCGCUUUGAUGACACAAACCCGGAAGGCGAGGAGGAGCGGUACUACGAGGCCAUCCGCGAUAUCGUGAGCUGGUUGGGCUUCACUCCCGUGCGAGAGACGUGCGCCAGUGACAACUUCGCGCAGCUGUACGAGCUUGGAGAGGAUCUGAUCCGGCGUGAUGGUGCCUACGUGUGCCACUGCACCAAGGCCGAGAUCAAGGCGCAGCGCGGUGAGGGCGCCGACGGUGAGCGUGGUAAGGAGCGCUUUGCCUGUAGCCACCGCUCGCGGCCGGUCGAGGCGUCGCUGGCAGAGUUCCGGGCGAUGCGUGACGGCAAGUACAAGGCGGGUGAGGCGGCCCUGCGCAUGAAGCAGAAUAUCGAGGACCCCAACCCGCAGAUGUGGGAUUUGUUCGCGUGGCGCAUCAUGGAUGGCGACAAGCAGCACCACCGCACGGGUGGCGAGUGGAAGAUCUACCCGACCUAUGACUUUGCGCACUGUCUGUGCGAUAGCAUCGAGGGCAUCUCGCACUCGCUGUGCACGACUGAGUUCGAGCUCUCGCGUGUUUCGUAUGAGUGGCUCUGCGAUAAGCUUGAGGUCUACCGCCCCAUGCAGCGCGAGUAUGGCCGUCUCAACAUCACUGGUACCGUGCUCUCCAAGCGCAAGAUCAUCCAGCUGGUCAAGGAGGGCCACGUGCGGGAUUGGGACGACCCGCGCCUCUAUACGCUGAUUGCCCUGCGCCGCCGCGGUGUGCCCCCAGGUGCCAUUCUGGCCUUCGUCAACGAUGUUGGCGUCACCAAAGCCGUCACCAACGUCCAGGUGUCUAAAUUUGAGCAGAUCGUCCGCCAAUACUUGGAGAAUACCGUACCGCGGCUGAUGGUGGUGCUGGAGCCGCUCAAGGUGGUGAUCGACGACCUGCCGGAUGGCCACGAAGAACUGCUCGAAGUCCCCUUCUCCAAGGACCCGGCCUUUGGGUCGCACCAACUCCCUUUCACCAAGACCGUGUACAUUGAGCGCUCCGACUUCCGCGAGGUCGACUCGCCCGACUACUUCCGCCUGGCCCCGGGCAAGACUGUGGGCCUGCUCAAGGUGCCGUUCCCCAUCACGGCGACCUCGUUCGAGAAAGACCCGGCGUCGGGCGCCGUGACGUGCGUGCACGCCAAAUACGAGAAACCCGCCGACAGCGCCGCCCCCAAGAAACCCAAGACUUUCAUCCACUGGGUCGGCGAAUCCUCCGCGCAGAACAGCCCCAUCCGCGCCGAGAUCCGCGCCUUCAACCCGCUCUUCAAAUCCCAGGACCCCUCCGCCCACCCGGCCGGCUUCCUCGCCGACAUCAACCCAGACUCCGAGCGCAUCUACCCGAAUGCCUUCCUCGAGUCCGGCUUCCUCGACAUCAGCCGCUCCGGACCCUGGCCUAAGGAGGGUGGCGCCGAGGCCGCUGAUUCGUCGAAGAACCCCCACUCCAUUCGCUUCCAGGGCAUGCGUGUGGGCUACUUUGCUAUCGAUCGCGAGUCUACCACGGACCACGUUGUGCUGAACCAGAUAGUUACUCUGAAGGAUACCCAGGGUAAGAACUGA